AUGACCGAGAAGAUGCGAGCCACCUAUUUCGGACAAACUCGGAUUUUUUAUCUAAAAAUAAAACAUUUUCUUUAUUUACAAAACAAAAGUUUGUUGUUGCGCUCGCUUAUAUUAUUUUUUAUAUCUGUAAAAAUUAUGUUGAUUCUAUAUCUUAUUGCACUAACCUUAUCACAACCUCACAAAACUGGUUCGGCUGUUGAAUCGACAUAUCAAUAUAAAACUUCCCAGAAUGCUGCUUUAAUUGCUGGUUCAACAAAUAAAGUGUUGAAAACUGAAGAAUCAAUUCAGUUACCAUCAACUUCAAAUAACAACAUCCAAAUACCCACUACAACUCCUCAACAAAGUGAUAAAAAAUCAAAAGUUUAUGAUUUAAGAAAACAACGCCGUGAAGAGAAGAGGCUCAACAAAGAAAAAGCAUCCCAAAAACCAAAAGAAAUAUUUAUUCAAAAAGAAGCAAAACACUAUCCUUCUGUUUUUCAAAUGUGCGACAAAUACGAGAAAAAAACAGAACCAAUUGAUUACUCUCAAUUUGUACAGUCCUGGCCUGGGGAAUUGUGUGACAGAAUGUACUGUCAUAUACCAAAAAACACCAAUUAUAUUCCAGAAGGUUUUUUAAUACAUGGAUUUUGGCCUCAAUCAAACGAGGGUUCUAUUAACUGUUGUUCUUGUAAAAAUUCAAUUGAAAAUAUUGAAAGUGUGAUAUUGACAAAUAAAGAGUUGAAAGAAGAAAUAGGAAAGUAUUGGUUUUCAAAACAUAAAUGCAGAUUUGCAUUAUACGAAUUUGACAAACAUGGUUCAUGCACUUUGGACGUAUUCAAAGGAGAAACUGGUCCAUUGGAUUAUUUUUGGAUGGUCAUUAACUUGAGAAAGAAUAUGGAUAUUUGGACAAUGUUGAAGGAAAGUAAAUUAAAAGUAGAACCAAUGAAUAGGUAUAAAUUGUCGAACCAGUGUUUAAGAGCACCAACUUUGGUUCGAUAG